UUAGCUGCUGGGCGGCUGAAUCGUUUUGUGAGUCACCCCAAACGUGUACAUAGCGCUGAUCGUUUCGGGAGGUGCAUCCAUCCAACUGUAAGGGCAGUCGAGCUUUCCCACUUCUACAAGCUUCGAGCGGAGCGCGAUGAUCCGAGUCGUUGCCGAGACCCUCCAGCACGCACUUCAAACAGACGAAAUCCGCGAUACUACCGCGAGACUGACCCAUUUUGUGAGAGCAGCAGAAGCUCACCAGAGUUCGGCGCUGAUUGUACUACUAGAGCCCGUGCUCCGUGCGCGAGAGGGAUGACGACGAAUUGUCGAGACGCUGAGACGGGGUGGAAGAGUUUCGACCCUAUCGAUCAUGGAGAACAGGCGGCGUACUGCGACGGUGACUUGCGGCAACGCCCAGAGCCGGGCCGCGUCAGGAGUGGAUGGCCUGUCGCACUCACCACCUGUCGCACGUGCUGCUGCGAAUCGCCGUGCUGUCGCAGCGUUGAGGAGUGCUGUCGUUUCCCGCCGCCUUUCUUCUGCUUCAUGUUUCCGCAUCUCUCGCGGACCUUCCCUGUCGCCGAUCAUGCCCCCUGCGACCGCGCUAGCGACGGGGAGCUCUUUGCGUGCGACUGGGAGAGCGGAAAUACCUGGAAGGGUUGCGACGACGGCGACAGCGCUGAGCCUGGCGCGGCGCGCAGAAGCUGUAACAGGCGCUGGAGAAAUGACAAGGAUUGCGCGACAGGCGGCGCCGCAGUGUAUCGGAAACCGCCGAUUUGGGAGCACCUUGCUCGGCUAUGCAGCACCAAUCGCGGCGGAUUUUACGAAACGCCGCCUCACUUACCUCCGGCGUGGAGUUUCGGCUCAAAGCCGGCGGGCCCGGAAGUGCAACGCGGCGGCGUGACUGCAAGUGGCGGGGCGCGCGAGGCGCAGUUUCUCUUCGCGCUGGAGCUGUUCCACAGCGACUCGCGCGAGCGAAUCAACAAGCCGAUGAUCCGACUCAUGAGCCGCGACGAUUACGACGACGGCGAUGCCACCUUCGCCACCGCCGGCGACGCUGCGUUUGAGCGAGGCUGGAGUGAGGAGGUGUGGCGACACGACCCGAUCUUAUCCUGCUGUGUUUCCGCCGUCCACUGCCUCACGAGACUCCUCGACGCGACCCUGGUUUCAAGCAAUGUGCUGCUAUCGAAAUCGCUGACGUCAGCGUGGUCGACACACAAGAGAAGCAAGGAGCAGGCGGAGCGAUCGGGCGGAUGGCGCUGGCGGAAGGCUGCGCGGAAGGUGGGAUAGGGGAAAUACUAUCGCGCAGGGAGGCAAGGAUGACUAAAGGCGGAAUGAGGCAACAGCAUACCUGUAGGCUGGGUGUGGGUCGUUGGAGCACAGGGGUUGGUUGGAUGCGGAGAAUGCUAGGGUUUUUCAGCGAUGGCUCUUUGAAAUUCUGGCUAGGGUUCGAUGUGAGCAGAGGUGGUGGGGAGGGAGGUGAACCACAACACAACCAGCUUCUGUGAAACUACUAAGCCUUAGGUAUAGAGCAGUUGUGGUUUGUAUAACCAUAUGCCCCUUUUCCAUAUCCAGAUAAUAGGCUGGGGUUUGAUGCUAGCCCGGGUUGGUGCUUCCGACCGCCUUCUGCUGUAUGACCUCUAGUUGUAGAAUAUUUGUGCUUUGCAAAUGUAUACUACACUGUAU